AUGAAGGUGCCAACGACUAUCACUUACAAUAGUCUUGUUGAUCAAUUGUAUACUUUAAUCGGAGCUGACAAGUCUCGUAUUGAUCUUGACUUAAAUGUAAUCUAUCAUUUUGGAAGUAAAGGUAUCCCUCCAUCUUUGAUUAGUAAUGAUGAUGAUGUUGCUUUUUUUCUUGAUGAGAUAGGAACAUCUAUCAAUCAUCGAACACCCCUAUGUGUGUCUACUAUAGAGAAGAGAAGUAAUGAUCCUUUGGUUACUAAAACAUGUGAGUUGUAUACUAUUCCUCCAGUUGAAACCAAAGUGAAUGAUGAUUUUUGCAUUGAUGGCAAUGAAGACAGUUGUGAUGAUGAUUAUGAUAAUGAAAAUAUUGAUAGGUCUACCUGCAAUGAUGUACUUGUGAAGCAUAAUUUACAACAGUCAACCUCCAAUGAAGUAUUGAAGAGCCAUGAUUCCUCAAAUAAUAGAGGUCGUAAAGUAAGACAGGUUGGUGAAGAUAAUCUAUGGAGUACUCCACUUUUGUUGAAUCAAGGGGAAAAAGUCUCUACUUCAGCCUCAACAGCUCAAUUACUGACAUCUUCUUCGAGUAUCAAUUCGUGGGAAAUAAAAGAGGGUCAAAUAUUUGAGAACAAGCAAGAGUUGAAGAUGAAACUCCAUCUUUAUGCAUUAAAGAAAAACUUUGAGUUUAAAGUAAAGAAGUCUGCGAAAAAUAUAUGGUGUACAGUAUGUGUUGAUGAUAAAUGCAAAUGGAGGUUGAGGGCUACAAAAUUGGUUAAUUCCAAUAUGUUCGAGGUUCGUAAAUUUUUCGGUGAACACACAUGCUCAUUGGAUGUUCGACAUAAAGAUCACCGUCAGGCAUCCCCAUGGCUUAUUGGACAUAUCAUAAGGAGAAAAUUUGAGGGUGAUGAUGUUAAUUACAAGCCAAGGUCAAUUGUAAAAGAUAUGAGUUUAUCAUAUGGAGUUCAUAUGAGCUAUGCUAAAGCUUGGAGGUGUCGAGAGCAUGCAUUGGCUUACAUAAGAGGUAUACCAGAAUCAUCAUUUCAGUAA